AACAACAAGAAGAAUGGGGAACAAAGAGAGGUCGGGGUUGAGAAGUUUGAGGUUUAUGAUUGUAGCAACUAUUCUUGCAGUAGCAGCGAUUCAAGGUGCGGUCUCUGAGGAAGAGAAAGUGAAUCGAAACGCUUAUGCGACGAUGAUGUAUAUGGGAACUCCAAGGGAUUACGAGUUCUAUGUUGCGAUUCGUGUGAUGCUCAGAUCCCUGGCGAAGCUUCAGGUCGACGCCGAUCUCGUUGUCAUUGCCUCCAACGACGUUCCGGCCACAUGGGUUCAAGCUAUGGAACAGGAAGAUGGGGUGAAAGUGACAAGGGUAGAGAACCUGCAUAACCCAUACCAGUCAGAAGAAAACCAUGACAGGUUUAAGUUGACGAUGAACAAGUUCUAUGCUUGGAGUCUAGUGAAGUAUGAUAGGGUGGUCAUGCUUGACGCUGAUAAUCUCAUCCUCCAAAAGACAGAUGAACUAUUCCAAUGUGGCCAAUUCUGCGCUGUCUUCAUCAACCCCUGCAUCUUCCAUACUGGCCUCUUUGUGUUACAGCCCUCAAAUGAGGUUUUCAAGGACAUGCUUCAUGAGUUGGAGAUUAAACGUAACAACCCAGACCGUGCAGAUCAGGGUUUCCUGGUUAGCUACUUCCCGGACUUGCUUGAUCGCCCAAUGUUCCAUCCACCCCAUAAUGGCACCAAGCUUGACGGCACAUACAGACUACCGCUGGGCUACCAGAUGGAUGCUUCAUAUUACUAUUUGAAGCUCCGAUGGAAUGUACCCUGCGGUCCUAACAGUGUCAUCACAUUCCCUAGUGCUCCAUGGCUAAAGCCUUGGUACUGGUGGUCAUAUCCAGUCCUCCCGUUAGGCCUUCAGUGGCAUGAGCAACGCCGACAAACUUUGGGAUACAGUGAUGAGGUGCCCAUGAUCUUGGUCCUGUCAUCGAUGUACCUAGCACUGAUGGCACUGACCCGACUUGCACGUCCAAAUCUGGCCAAGUUUUGCUACAGAAAACCAGACAAGAGUCUCUCCUUGCAAACGGGAGUCAAGAUGGCUGUAAUGUUGUCCAUCUUGGCUGCCUACACAAUCCCCUUCUUUGUCAUACCACGGACAGUGCACCCAUUCGUAGGCUGGUCGACGUACUUGUUUGGCUCUUUGGUGCUUGUGUCAUUAGUAAUUUAUUCCUUCCAGUUGCCACCACUUGCAGCAUUGACGCCCGCCUUGGGGAUUGCCGGUUCACUUUUUGUCAUGGCAUACCCUUGGUACAAAGAUGGGAUUGUGCGAGCCCUUGCUGUGUUCUUCUAUGCCUUCUGUUUUGCUCCAGUCCUUUGGGUAUCACUGGCAAAAGUGAUGGCAAGUUUGCAGCUCGCAAUUGAAAGAGAAUUUACUUUGCCAAGAGUAGGAGAAUCUCAACAGCCAUCUGGAUUCUUCAAGUUGUAUUGAGCCACAAAAGCAGCUACCUCUCAGAAGAUUCCAAGAUUGACUCAUCAGUUCACCCAGACAAACUUUGAAAUUUCGACUUUUCUGUACAUUUGCCCAGAAUAUAAUUUGGGUUGUCAUUUUACAGUACAACCACACACAGGCAGAGAACCAACAACUGGUGCGGAGGAACAGAACGCAGGAAUAUCUUUUGUAAAGAAGAACCAAAACAAAAUGAUAUUGUAUUCAAACUUCAAAGCCUAGCUGAUAUUGAAUCAGUGGUAGAAAGGCAUUUUGGUCUGAUACCAUGGCCUCCAUGAGUAGUAAAACAUUUGUGUUAUAAUCUCAUUUCUAC